AUGGUUGAGUCUAGCGUUUUGGGAUUCCCAAGAAUUGGAGCUUUCAGAGAGCUCAAGAAAAACACCGAGGCCUACUGGGCUGGCAAGAUCGGUGCUGACCAGCUCCUUGCUGUUGGUAAGGAGAUCAGAGAGAAGAACUGGAAGUUGCAGAAGGAGGCCGGUGUCGACAUCAUUCCUUCCAACGACUUCUCUUACUACGACCAGGUCUUGGACCUCUCUUUGUUGUUCAACGUCAUUCCAGACAGAUACACCAAGUUCGAUCUCCCACAAUUGGACGUUUUGUUCGCCAUGGGUAGAGGUUUGCAAAGAAAGGCCACUGAGUCCACCAAGGCUGUCGACGUGACUGCUUUGGAGAUGGUGAAAUGGUUCGACUCUAACUACCACUAUGUCAGACCAACUUUCUCCCACUCCACCGAGUUCAAGUUGAACGGUCAAAAGCCAGUUGACGAGUACUUGGAGGCAAAGGCCCUUGGUAUUGAGACCAGACCAGUCCUUGUUGGUCCUGUUUCUUACUUGUACUUGGGUAAGCCAGACAAAGAUUCUCUUGACUUAAAGCCAAUCUCUCUUCUUGAGAAGAUCCUCCCAGUCUACACCGAGAUUUUGCAAAAGCUCGCUGCUGCUGGUGCCAAGGAGGUCCAGAUCGACGAGCCAACCUUGGUUUUGGACUUGCCUGAGGAGGUCCAAUCCGCUUUCAAGACCGCUUACGAUAUCUUGGCCAAGGCCGAGGGUCUUCCAAAGCUCGUUUUGACCACCUACUUCGGUGACGUUACUCCAAACUUGGCUGCCAUCAAGAACUUGCCAGUUUCCGGUUUCCACUUUGACUUUGUCAGAGCUCCACAACAAUUCGACGAGGUUGUUUCUAUCCUUUCCGGAGAGCAAACUCUUUCCGUUGGUAUUGUUGACGGUAGAAACAUCUGGAAGAACGACUUCUCCAAGUCUAUUGCUUUCGUGAAGAAGGCUAUCGAGAAGGUUGGUGCCGAGAAGGUCGUUGUUGCUACCUCCUCCUCCCUGUUGCACACUCCAGUCGACUUGGAGAACGAGAAGAAGCUUGACGCUGAAAUCAAGAACUGGUUCUCUUUCGCUACCCAAAAAUUGUCUGAGGUUGUUACCAUCGCCAAGGCUGUUUCUGGUGCCGACGUCUCUUCUGCUUUGGAGGCUAACGCUGCUGCCGUCAAGAGCAGAAAGGAGUCCGACUUGACCAACGAUGCCGCUGUCGAGGCUAGAUUGUCCAAGAUCGACAAGUCCUUGUCCACCAGAAAGUCUCCAUUCCCAGAGAGACUCACAGUGCAAAAGGCCAAGUACAACCUCCCACUGUUCCCAACCACCACCAUCGGUUCUUUCCCACAAACCAAGGACAUUAGAAUCAACAGAAACAAGUUCGCCAAGGGUGAGAUCACCGCUGAGCAAUACGAGGAGUUCAUCAACUCUGAGAUCGAGAAGGUUGUCAGAUUCCAAGAGGAAGUUGGUUUGGACGUGCUUGUCCACGGUGAGCCAGAGAGAAACGACAUGGUUCAAUACUUUGGUGAGCAAUUGAAGGGUUACGCUUUCACCACCAACGGUUGGGUGCAAUCCUACGGUUCCAGAUACGUUAGACCACCUAUUAUCGUUGGUGACGUUUCUAGACCAAAGGCCAUGUCUGUCAAGGAGAGUGUUUACGCUCAAUCUUUGACCAAGAAGCCAUUGAAGGGUAUGCUGACCGGUCCAGUUACCUGUUUGAGAUGGUCUUUCCCAAGAGACGAUGUUUCCCAAAAGGUGCAAUCUCUGCAAUUGUCCCUUGCUUUGAGAGACGAGGUCAACGACUUGGAGGCUGCUGGUGUCACUGUUAUCCAGGUCGACGAGCCAGCCAUCAGAGAAGGUCUGCCAUUGAGAGCUGGUCAGGAGAGAUCCGACUACUUGGAGUGGGCUGCUGAGUCUUUCAGAGUUGCCACCUCUGGUGUCCGUGACGACACCCAGAUCCACUCGCACUUCUGUUACUCCGACCUUGACCCUAACCACAUCAAGGCCUUGGACGCCGAUGUUGUUUCGAUCGAGUUCUCCAAGAAGGACGAUCCGAAAUACAUCCAGGAGUUCUCCAACUAUCCAAACCACAUUGGAUUGGGACUGUUCGACAUCCACUCGCCUAGAAUCCCAUCUAAGGAGGAGUUUGUUGCCAGAAUCGGCGAGAUCCUCAAGGUGUACCCAGCUGACAAGUUCUGGGUGAACCCAGACUGUGGUCUUAAGACCAGAGGUUGGGAAGAGACCAAGGCUUCUUUGACCAACAUGGUUGACGCUGCCAAAUUCUACAGAGAGAAGUACUAA